UCAUUUUGAGUGGGAGGUAGCGUACGGCCGUGAGCGGAGCGGGCGGGAUAUCGGCCAUCGGCAUCAGCAACAACAACAACAACAUCGGUAACGGCACAAAGCGGACGGGACAACAGUAGAUAAGAUAAGCGUGUGGUACCAACAAUCGCGGGUAAUCCAUCACCGGUGAAGUGGGAGCAUUCCAACGCACCGGCCAUGAAGCCAACCGGCGAGGUGUUGACCGCGCUGCGGCAGCUGAUGGCGAACUUGCCGAAUAACCUGGGCGCGAUCGGUGCUUACAUCAUCCCGUCGACGGACGCGCACCAGAGCGAGUAUCUGGCGGCGAGGGACGAGCGGCGUGCCUUCGUAUCCGGCUUCGACGGAAGCGCCGGUACGGCGGUCGUGACCGAGAGCGAGGCAUUGCUGUGGACGGACGGGCGCUACUACCAGCAGGCGGCCAAGCAGCUGGACAGCAACUGGACGCUGAUGAAGGAGGGCCUGCCGAGCACGCCCUCGAUUGAUGCGUGGUUGGCCAAGAUCCUGCAGCCGGGAUCGCGCGUUGGCGUCGAUGCCAACCUCAUCACCACUGCCGCCUGGAACCCGCUCCAAACCUCCCUGAAAACGGCCGGCUGCAGCCUACUGGCCGUCGAGCCGAACUUGAUUGAUCUGUUGUGGCAAGAGCAACCGGCCAUACCUCACAAUCCGUUGCUGGCGCUCAGCACUAGCUUCGCCGGGUGCACGGUGGCGGAGAAACUGAUCAGCGUGCGCUCGAAGUUGGCGGAGAAGCGAGCCUCGGUGCUGGUGGUGAGUGCGCUCGAUGAGAUCGCCUGGUUGCUGAACUUGCGCGGCACCGACAUCGAUUACAAUCCCGUCUUCUUUGCGUACGUGAUCGUCACGCCGGAGCAACUGCAUUUGUUCAUCGACCCGGUCCAGAUCGUACCGCCCGUGCUGGAGCACUUCGGUGCGAACGGUGUCGAGGUGCAGGUACACGCAUACGACGAGGUGCACACUUUGUUGAAACAGCUUGCCGAGGCGAGCUCGCAGCUCGUGUGGAUCAGCUCUGGCUCGAGCUACGCCCUUACUGCGCUGAUACCGGAGGAAAAGCGCUUUCACGACAUCACGCCCAUCCAGCUGAUGAAAGCGGUCAAGAACGAGACGGAGGCGCAGGGCAUGCGCGACUGCCACCGGCGGGACGGGGUCGCCCUGUGUCAGUACUUUGCCUGGCUCGAACGGACGCUCGCGGCCGGCGGUACGGUCGAUGAGAUUAGCGGUGCAACCCAGCUCGAGCAUUUCCGAUCCGUGCAGCAACACUACCAGGGCCUCAGCUUCACCACGAUCAGCGCAUCCGGACCGAAUGGUUCGAUCAUCCAUUACCAUCCGCUACCCGAAACUAACCGGCCGAUCACCGAUCGCGAGCUGUACCUGUGCGAUUCCGGUGCCCAGUACCUCGACGGCACGACGGAUGUAACGCGCACGAUGCACUUUGGUACACCGACGGCCGAGGAGAUUCGGGCGUUCACUUAUGUGCUCAAGGGUCAGAUCGCGCUCGGGACUGCUAUCUUUCCGCGAAAGGUCAAGGGCCAGUUCCUCGACACGAUCGCGCGCAAAGCCUUGUGGGAUAUCGGGCUCGACUAUGGGCAUGGUACCGGGCACGGCAUAGGUCACUUUCUCAACGUACAUGAGGGACCGAUGGGCAUCGGUAUCCGGCUGAUGCCGAACGAUCCCGGGCUCGAAGAAAACAUGUUCCUGUCGAACGAACCGGGUUACUAUAAAGAUGGUCAGUUCGGCAUUCGGAUCGAGGACAUCGUUCAGGUGAUAACGGCGAACGUUGGAACCAACUUCGAUGGGCGCGGGGCACUAGCCUUCAGUACCAUCACCAUGUGCCCGAUCCAGACUCGCCUGAUCGACGUCACCCUGCUGACACCGGCUGAACGCCAGCACAUCAACAGCUACCACGAGCGGGUCCGCGAUCAGCUGCUACCGUUGUUGCGUGAGGCGAACGAUGCGGAGACGAUCGCGUGGUUGCAGCGCGAAACAGAGCCGAUCUAAAGGGCAUAAAAACCUACCGUUACGGGCACCUCUUAUCGGGGGGUAGGAGAUUGUUGGGGGGUUUUGUCCGGUCGUCAACACAUCGGCGCUUCUAUGUUUCUUUCCUUCUUUAAUUUUGAGUACCAUACUCGAUGCGCUUGCCGGUCUGUGUUUACUGCUGAUGGUUUGAUGAGCGAAACGCAACCGGGCCGAACGGGCCGCUACCAGCGCAAAUAAAUGGCCUUAAUACUCUA